AUGCCUGGGCCGGCUGGAUUUCAUCUCGACAUCUCGAUCAGAAAUGCUGAAAACGGAGAUCCGAUAGCGUUCAAAGUGGACGGAGAGCGAUUCGAUGGAGGCACGAGAACGCUGAAAUUUGCGUCGAAUGCUCGAUACAAAAUACAGCUGACUGCCCGGCCGCCACACGAGUUCUUAUCAUUACAUCUGGCCGGCUCUGAUCUUGCCCUUUUGGCAGAAGAUCCAAAAAGUGGACAAUAUGUUGCUGAAUGGAAUACAACUGGAAUUGAUGCAACUGGGAAAGGAAGCAGACACAAUAUCAAUUUACAUUUACAAGGUCCGGGCGGAUUGCUGAAAAAGCAACUGCAGACGAAAUUCUAUAACCGAGACGACUCACACGCUGAAUGGGGACACAAAUUAGAGAAAUUGAUCUGGAAAUGCUCGGUGGAUGAUCGAGGGAAUAUUUCGGUGAAUGAUGAGGAAUAUAAA